CUACUUCAUUAUUUACCGCCACCAGUCGCGUUGUCAAGACGAAUUCUCGCGAUAGUUGCGGCAGCUAAGAUCCUAGGAGCAGAGCAGGGAACUUGACAUGUCAACAAAACAGAUAAAUUAUCACCACACAGGCAUCUAAGGGUGUGCUGGUGUGGAAUAACCUAACAGGUAACCUCACCUGGACCUAGACCUCCUCCACCAGCAUCUUCACCUGCUGUCUCCAUGACAACCCCUCCGCUAGUAUCACCUUUUGGCGGGCAGCCUCCACCGCCGCAGCAACAGCAGCAGGCCCAAGCAGCACGUGAUGUCAACACGGCCUCGCUGUGUCGCAUUGGCCAGGAGACGGUACAAGACAUUGUCCUCAGGACCAUGGAGAUCUUCCAGCUCCUCAGGAACAUGCAGCUGCCUAAUGGAGUCACUUACCAUCCGAACACCCACCAGGAUAGGCUGGGAAAACUCCAGGAGCACCUCCGGAUGCUUUCCGUGCUGUUCCGCAAACUGCGCCUCGUCUACGACAAAUGCAAUGAAAACUGUGCUGGGAUGGACUCCAUACCUCCAGAGCAACUGAUACCCUUUGUGGAGGAUGACAGCUCAAAACACGAGGAUCGCUCAGCUGGCCAGAGCCGCCCUGCCACCGAGGAGAGGAGAGAAAUCCUGGAGGUCAACAAGAAGCUGAAGCAGAAGAACCAGCAGCUGAAGCAGAUCAUGGAUCAACUCCGCAACCUCAUCUGGGAGAUCAACUCCAUGCUGGCUGUCAGGAGCUGAGCCACCCACACACACACACAAACACACACACACAAACACACACACACACACACACACACACACUCACUCACUCACUCACUCACUCACUCACUCACUCACUCACUCACUCACACACUCACACACUCAUACAUUUACUACAAAUAAUGGACAGGAAGAUACGGUCGUUAACUGGAUGUGUGACAGAGUACCACAGACUGGCUGAGGCUGCACUUUACAGAAGAAAUGGGAACUUUGGCAAUAUCAACCAUUUUGUGAAGAAGACGUGACACAAUAGAAGGAAAAACGAGAGAAGACCAAUGAAGAAGAAAGGGCUUGACUGCACCGAGAGGUGAGGAGAGGAGACACCCAAUAAAACACUGGGAUAAGGGAGGGUUCUGGUGACAUCAGCGUGGGCGAUGGCAGAAAAUAUUCUGUCUACCUCGAUAUUCUACAUUUCAAUCAGCAUUAUGACUGAAUUAAUCUGAAGAGUUGAUAUAUUAUGUUUUAUCUAUUUGUAGGUACUAGCUCGUAGAGGGUUUAUGCCUGUAGAGACACACUGAUAUAUUCUAUUUAAUCCUCAAAUUCUGUACAUCUCUUACUUGCCGAUUUCAUAGUAUUAGAAUUGUGUGAAGUCCUAAAUUUAAAAAGUUUUUAUAUGACCCCUAAAAACUUUAAUAAGAAAGACAUACACUGUGCCAAAAUUAUGAGUCUUAUUCUUACUAUAUUGAUCUGCUUUUUCUAUUUGAUGUAAUAUGUAAACUCAUCAAUGCUCUGCUCUGAUUGGACUUGACCUGUCAUCAUGAUGCCUUGUUAAGGAUUCUGCUGAACCAUAAAUCUUGCUGUGAUUUUCAAAAAAAGUCAA